ACGCUAUUGUUAACCAUUGACUUUGACGGCAGCAGCUGCUCCGCCUCUCCGGGCUCAUUUCAGGAACGACGCUGUUCAUCUCCAGAAAGAAAACCGACUAUUGGGUCAUAGCUGGGCGUAGCUUCUACUAAACCGGGGGGAAUAAUUACUCUGCUGCGAGCGGCAAGACAGAAGGACCGGAUUAAGUGCGCAUUAAUUGAACUAUUAUUUAUCAGCGGCGACGUGGAAGUUGUUUCCCAGGUUGGCAGGGAACUAUACAGUUUCUACCGCUUGUUAGCAGGAACAUGGCUGCCCAGUGUGUAACCAAGGUGGAGCUCACCGUGUCCUGUGAGAACCUCAUGGACACAGACCUCGGCUCCAAGUCGGACCCCUUAUGUGUCCUUUUAAUGUGCAACCCUGACUCCAAGUGGUAUGAGAUGGGACGCACAGAAAAAGUUCAAAAUUGCCUCAGUCCGAAGUUUGCCAAGAAGUUUGUCAUUGACUACUACUUCGAAAUGGUCCAGAAGCUGAAGUUUGGGAUUUAUGACAUCGAUAAUAAGACGGUUGAUUUGAACGAUGACGACUUUCUGGGGGAGCUGGAGUGCACCCUGGGUCAGGUUGUGUCCAGUCGGAAACUGACCCGGCCGCUGACGCUGAAGAACCAGAAGCCAGCUGGGAGGGGAACAAUCACUAUCAGCGCGGAGGAAAUAAAAGACAAUCGGGCGGCGUUUUUUGAGGUGGAGGCAAGAAAGUUGGAUAACAAGGAUUUCUUUGGGAAGUCUGAUCCUUAUUUGGAGUUGUACAAGCAGACAGAAACCGGAUGGCAGCUGGCUCACAGGACAGAGGUGGUGAAGAAUAACUUGAACCCGACGUGGAGGCCGUUUCGAGUUCCCCUGCAGUCUCUGUGUGGGGGAGACCUGGAGAAACCAAUUAAAGUGGAGUGCUACGACUACGAUGACGACGGCUCUCAUGAUCUCAUUGGAUCCUUUGAAACCACGAUGAAGCGGCUCCAGGAAGCGUCGCGGACCUCUCCGGCCGAGUUUGAGUGCAUCAACAGCAAAAAGAAGCAGAAGAAGAAAGGCUACAAGAACUCUGGUGUUGUGAGCGUGAAGCAUUGCGAGGUCGUAAAGGAGUAUACCUUCCUGGAUUAUAUAAUGGGAGGCUGUCAGAUCAACUUCACUGUGGCUGUGGACUUCACCGGCUCAAACGGGGAUCCCAGGUCUCCUCAGUCUCUGCAUUACAUCAGUCCUCAGGGCGUUAACGAGUACCUCUCUGCUAUCUGGUCCGUGGGCAACGUCAUUCAGGACUACGACAGUGAUAAAAUGUUCCCGGCGUUUGGCUUCGGAGCCCAGAUUCCACCCACAUGGCAGGUUUCCCACGAGUUUCCUCUCAACUUCAACCCCUCCAAUCCGUUUUGUGCAGGUGUAGAAGGGGUGGUCGAGGCCUACAGGGCGUGUCUCCCUCAGGUCAAACUCUACGGCCCCACCAACUUCUCCCCCAUCAUCAAUCAUGUAGCCUGUUUUGCUAAACAAGCCAUUCAACAGACCACCGCAUCCCAAUACUUCGUCUUGCUGAUCAUCACCGACGGAGUCAUCACCGACAUGGAUCAGACGCGCAACGCCAUCGUCAACGCCUCGCGGCUGCCCAUGUCCAUCAUCAUCGUCGGUGUGGGAGCGGCAGACUUCAGCGCCAUGGAGUUCCUGGACGGAGACGACGGCCGCCUGCGCUCUCUGUCCGGCGAAGCCGCCAUGCGGGACAUUGUCCAAUUCGUCCCCUUCAGGAAUUUUCAGAACGCUCCUCGUGAGGCGCUGGCGAAGAGCGUGUUGGCCGAAGUGCCGACUCAGCUGGUGGACUUUUUCUGCACUAUGGAGCUGAACCCACCAAACCAGAGUUCUGCCCCAGCGGAGACGCCUGCGAUGCCAUAAAGAAACCUGACGGAUUCCACUCUUCAUCUCAUGCAGCUCUAUAUAACAGACUAUAUAUAACUCUAUAUAACUGUCAUGUUAGUGUGUGCACUAAAGUGUCAAUCGACAAUAUCCAGGUUAGUUCGUUAAUUUCAUGUGUAAAGAAAAAAUAAUCCUGGUGGAUACAUCUGGACAAGACUAGAUUAAAAGUUCUAAAUUUGCCUUUUAAGAUCUGAGUUUGCAUGGUAGUUUACUCUAUAUUGUCAAAAGUAUUGAAAUGCAUUCCUUUAUGAACUUCAGUCCCAUUCUUAAUUCAUUGGCAUUAACAUGAUGACAUGAUAACACCCUUUGCUGCUGUUGUUUCACCUCCCUUUGGAAAGUGACAGAAGUUAUAUGGGAUUUUUUUUUUUUUUUUUUUUACAUUUGUGAGGUCAGACACUGAUGUUGGAUCACAGUGUCAGUAUAAUUGUGCCAAAGAUGCAUCAUCAGAUUGAGCUCUUCCUCGCCAAACUUCUUUGUGAACCUUUCUUCGUUGCUUACUUCCCAAUUCAAAAAUACUUCAUAGAUCCUAAAGGGAAAUUAAAUAAAUAAUUCAAUGUCAACUAUGUGGAACUGUUCCCACAUAGUUGAGGAUAUUAAUAAUUUUGCAACGACAAGUCAUCUGUGUAUGUCUUGUUUGUUGGAUUUUCUCAUCAGAAACUAGAAAUGAAAAUAAGGGUAGUAGUUUUAUUUUUGUUUUAAAAUAAAAAUAUUAACUUUAA